AUGGAGUCUCUCAUUCAGCUGCUUUCAGAGACACUGGGGAAUCUGAGUGACAGCGAGCUCAUGGACUUAAAGAAAGGCCUCAAGAGGAAAUAUAACUCAGCCGUCCCAUGGAGGUUGCUGAAGGUGGCAGACCCGCAGGACACAGUGUUUUUAAUGUUACAGGCUUAUGGCCAACAGUCAGUAAAGAAAACCAUGGAGGUUUUAAAGGAGAUGAAGAUGACGGAUCUGACUCAGCAGCUGUCAGACAGCAGCUCAGAGCCAACAAAAAAACAACUGGAUGAACAUCUGUCUGCACUGAUCCACAAAGCGAGCAUUGUCCCUCAUCCUCUCUGUGCAGAGCUCAGCUUUUAUUCAGUUGCAACAAUGGCAGCUGUUAAAGCUCUGCUUCUAGAAACACGGGAGGAUUUGAGUGAUCAGGGUCUCAAGGAGUUCAUGUGGUUCCUGCAGUUCACAUGUUUUCAGAGGGGCCUUCCACAAUUCCCACCGAGUACAAACAGAAAACAUAUAGUGAACGCGAUGGUGCAAACAUGUGGCCAACAGUCUGUGGAGGUAACCAUUGAUGUUUUCAGGGACAUGCAGAGAACUGAUCUGGUGCAGAGGCUGUCAGAGAGCAGCUCAGGACUCAAAGGUAGAAACGUUGGCGUCUGUUAUUGA